CAAACAAGUGCUUCACACAGCAGAAAAUUGGUCUGCAUGCACAAUUUAGGUUUCCAGUAAUCAAUGGAACAUUGAUUCACAGCAAAUGAAAAACUGGUUGAAGCUGGUGGUGCAGUUUCCCAUGACCUGAACUUGCUCAACCAAAUGAUGUACAAUACAAGAAUUCAAUAUAUUACCUUAGGAAAUAAGGUAAUGAGGUGGCUGAUGAUGAAAAUGUUGGCCAGGAGAAUGAAGAAGAUGAUAAUGAUACUGUUGUUGUAAACACAUUUCAGGAUAUGCUUGUGUUUUUCCCCUCUGUAAGCAUUUUGUAUCGUUGUUUUGCAUGAAAAGUGUAAUAUAAAUAAAGUUGGUUUGAUUACCAACAAAGACAAUAACGGCCAUGCUGUUGAUUAUCAUGACAACGUCGACGUUGGUGAUGAAGGAUGAUGUUAACCAUGAGGGAUAACGAUGAAAGGCAAACCGACGAAUAUAACAAUGAUCGUGACGGCAGCGACUGCCAGCCAUCAGACAAAGAACCAAAACAAUCUGAGACCCCGCCCUCCCCCUCCUCUCUGCAGGACUAUGACCUGAGCCAGCUGCAGCAGCCCGAGUCUCUGGAUCACAUCAUCAAUAAGCCGGCGGGGGUGCGCCGGGUGGACGAGAGGCCCGUGAUCGCAGAGUCCCAGUACCCCGUCCGGCCCAGCCUGCCUCACCCCGGGGACAUCGGAGACUUCAUCAUCGACGGUCUGCGGGCGGCGGACAACGACCCCACGGCGCCCCCCUACGACUCCCUGCUGGUGUUCGACUACGAGGGCAGCGGCUCCACGGCGGGCUCCGUCAGCUCCCUCAACUCCUCCAGCUCCGGGGACCAGGACUACGACUACCUCAACGACUGGGGCCCGCGCUUCAAGAAGCUGGCCGACCUCUACGGCGGAGGGGAGGAGAACUGAGGUAGAGGAGGAGGAGGGGGAGGAGGAGGAGGAGGAGGAGGAGGAGGAGGGGACGUGGGGGCCAUCGGGGGCCGGGGUGCGGAGGUGGUGGGGACGGUGGUGGUUGUGGUGGUGGUUGUGGUGGUGGAGGUUUGGGAGUGGCAGAGUGUGUACUUCGUUAGAAAGCACCCCCUUGAACCCCACAGGCAGUGUGGGAGGUAAGGCAGCCCCCCCCCCCCCCCCCUGUCCUCCCCUCCUCCCGUCCUCCUUCCCCCAAGACCCCCGGCAUGGACUCCAUGGUGGACCUGUGACUACUCCUGGACGCUGUACACAUGCUGGGUCGGGUUCCACGCAGCAACUGAACCCUCGACCGUGAGCCACUCGACUGUAUUACGGCUUCUUUUUUUUUUACAGUGGAGAGGGGAUGUGUUGUGUGAGUUGUUUUUUUUCUUACAUUCUUUUCAUUGCCGUGCCGUCCGCGAGUUCUCCGAAGAGGGUAGAGAAACGCUCAAGUCUAGUGAUUGUGUGAAUCGUUUUCUGAAACAAAUCAUUCACUAUUUUAUCUUUUUUUUGCUUUUGUCUUAACACUGAAGACUUGUCUCAGCACCGGGGGGAACGAGAAACAGGCUCUCACUCAGUCUCCACUCGGUUCACUCAAACCCUUUUUCCUUAGAACAGAAGCACUGUUGUUUUAUAAAGUGCCUUUUGUGGUGUGUUUUUGUAUCAGACUCUGCUAUCUCAGGGUCGGUUGCCUUCGUUGCAGUCUCUUGCAGCACGCUCCCUCCCCACCCCUCACCACCCCGCCCCCCCCUCACCCCGCCCCCCCCCCCUACUCAGCCCUGUCCGGGACCCUCCUCUGCCCUUUGCAGCAGCCGAUGAACAACCCCAGCAGCUAAGACGCGAAGGUCUCGUCAAGGGCAAGCUGGAGGUGGACACGGUGGUGCUGUCGGUCGUGGUGAUGAGAGCAGCGAUGAAUUCAGCUCCCAGACCAAAAGAUAAAAAAAAUUUAAAAAAAAAAGGGUAAAACAGGAGCCUUGAGAUACUGCUUGAAACGAUCCAUUGGACCUUUCGCUCAUAAAGAGCUGAGACUCCCUUUGCGUUGGCACCAACGCAAACGGGAAAAACCGUGUGGGCGAAACAUGCCAUCAUGUGGAUGGGGGAGGUGGGUUCCCAGCCAAGAGGGAGAACGGAGUGCGUCUGCCCUCGCUUCGUGGACUCAAUACGUUAGUGAGCCGUUAUGUUGAGAUGCUUGCCUGCCGUAUAUGGUUUUGUGUUGCUUUCUCCACAGUGUAAGGCUUAUAUAGGCAUGAACAGAGUAGUGAGAUGAUGUAGGACUACAAGGGACUUGGGAACGACCUCCGAAACGCAGGCAUUCGGAGAAGUUUUUUUUUGAUGGAUUUCUCUUGCCUUGAACAUUCCCAUUUUUUAUAGAUUGAAAAAAAAAAUAAAGAAUUAAAAGGUGCAUGUAUUCUUUUUUCCUUUUUUCGUUUUGUUUUUUUUCCCCAAAAUGUUUUACUUGAUGCACUUAUUACUAUGUGGUGAGAAUGUUGAAUUAGUAAGCGGAAACUAUAUAAAUAUACUCUGUAUAAAGACACUGAGAAAAAGAACUACUACUGUAAAAUACCUAUUUUUUAAGUAUUAAUUCCAUUAAACGUUGCUGCUCUCUUCUCUUCACAACAGGCUAAGAAGUCGUUGGUACCUGUGUGGCCCUUUCAUUUUUAAAAUGUCGGUUUUCCGUUUAUUUUCUUUAUCGUUUUCAGUGUUUCCAUUUUGUUGAAGAAGUUUGCCGUUGCCUUUUAUCUUUUAUUUAUUUUCUUUUUUAAUUUUGCAAAAUUAUUUUCUAGGAAUUUGAAGUGUAGUUUUGUUGUACUUUAUUCUUUGUGUAUAAAACGCAGCCUCACCUCUCUAACCGCGUUGUCUUCAACAAGCGCGCCUCCUUGGUUUGCGCGGGGGACAGGUUGUUGAAGGGUAUAAUAGCCAUGCCUGCUGAUAGUUGUUCUAUUACUAAGUGUAUCAAUAUUCUUUUCCUCAUUCAUCUAAAUACUGGAAAUGUGCUUUAAAAAAAUAAAAACGAGAAUUGUUUUGAAAUUUGAAAAAUGGA